CCAGACAGCACAUUCCACUCCUGCACCAACACUUCCAUUCCCCUAACCCCACAGACACAUCCACACCACCAGACAACAUGGGUCACGACCACUCUAAGCCCGUCAAGGCCAUCGUCGGCGUGCUCGCCCUCGCCUCCGCCGCUUCGGCGUUCGUGGUGCCCGGCGCCGCCGGCCGCGGGCUCACGCAGCAGCCGACCAGGACUUCCGCGACCGUCGUGUUCGGACAGGGCAAGUACGACGGCAAGCUGUGGGACGACGCCGCGAAGGACGACGUCAAGUCGAUGUACAACCCCAACGAGCCCUGGAGCGACAACAACUUCGACCCCUACGUGAAGGACGCCGCCGGCAACAAGUGCGACUCGUCCGGCUACUACCCGGGAGAGACCAUGUACAAGGACCCCAUCAGGCCCGCAGUGAGCUACGCGGACUACAUGGCCGCCAAGGCCAAGAAGGAGGCCGAGGGAGGAAACUAACCACGGGACAUGAGAUGCCCACCGCCGCCCCUAACACGCUGGACAAUACCGUGUCCCCUCUGAAGACAUUUAGAAGCAUGUUCUUACCUGAGGCGUGCGCUUUCUGCGGGCAAAGGUUUACGUCCUAAGUGGCUUGUAGAUGAUUUGGCUCGGGGGGGAGAUAGGGAACAAUAGAAGAUUUUGUGGAAUUUCUAGACUAUGUAGAAAGCGUGACUUGGCUGUGUGUAAGCAUGUGACUUUUGGGGGGUAAGACCCCCUCUGCCGCAUGAAUUUUAGGGCCUCUGUGGGAGAAAUCGAAACUGAGUCGUGCGUUCUAGCUUGUGCGUCGACGUGUACUCUUGCAGAGCGAGAUCUUAGCAGCAGUUGACUUUUUUGUGUAGAGCUUUUCGACGAUAUUAUGUUGGCUGGCGAACAUGUUAAGUUGCCCAUCGGGCUCGACGUUUCGUUCUUCGCCGAAGAAUUAAUUGAAGCACUUUCAGAUUGGAAUUUUUAUGCGCACAUUGGCGUGGGUGACAGCUCGAGUGGCCACACCGAAUUUUCCUUCUGUGUCUUGGAAGAGAAGCGAAAAGAGAAAGGUGCUGGACUACGGCCAGGGCGUUUUAACCCUACGAACACAUCAGAACAGAAGGUCGAACAGGAGGAUCGGGAAGACCAUUACCAGGGGGCAGGAGAUUCACAACCCUUCCCACUCCCGCCUACACUCAAUCCAAGGGACAUGGUUGCCGUGUACAACGAGCUUGUUGAGUUAGGUGGGGUGUGGCGGCCGACAAGAACGAGGGGCUCGCACAAGAAGAAUACACAGCUGUGUUCAAUGUAGUGCUCACAUCAUGCCCGCGUGCCUUGGCACGGUAGAUCACUUUGAUUUCUCUGUGCAUGUGUUGAGGGCCAUUAAUCGUUCCUUGUCGGUGUUUCUUACUUCAGCCACACCAUCCCUACCACGGGGCCACUCCGACUACGUGU